UCACUUCCGUCCAGACCGGAACCCAAGAUGGCUGCGCUCUUGCUGAGACAUGUUGGUCGUCAUUGCCUCCGAACCCACUUUAGCCCUCAACUCUGUAUCAGAAAUGCUGUUCCUUUGGGAACCACGGCCAAAGAAGAGAUGGAGCAGUUCUGGAAUAAGAAUAUAGGUUCAAACCGUCCUGUAUCUCCCCACGUCACUAUCUACAGUUGGUCUCUUCCCAUGGUGAUGUCCAUCUGCCACCGUGGCACUGGUAUUGCUUUGAGUGCAGGGGUCUCUCUUUUUGGCAUGUCGGCCCUGUUACUCCCUGGGAACUUUGAGUCUUAUUUGGAACUCGUGAAGUCCCUGUGUCUGGGGCCAGCACUGAUCCACACAGCUAAGUUUGCACUCGUCUUCCCUCUCAUGUAUCAUACCUGGAAUGGGAUCCGACACUUGGCUGGAGUGCAGUUGGUGCGAUCUCGGGUCACUGUACAAGUACUGGCUGUGAGUGUGGGACAGGAUUUUGUGUUUUCUGUGACAGUCUGUAGUUUUUGGUCUCUGAACUUGAUCGUUGACUUGCCAGAAGAUCUAAUUGGGGGAGUGAGGAGUGAAAGAGUAGGAGGUUAUAGGGUCUGUGGCAUUCUACGGAAUAUCCCUGCCUACUGCCACUACCCAGGCCUGAAGAUUCCCCAGCUAUACCAGUCUGGAGUGGUUGUCCUGGUUCUUACUGUGUUGUCCUCUGUGGGGCUGGCAGCCAUGUGAAGAAUGGAGGUUCCCAGCAUCAUCUUCCUACACCUUAUUACAUUUAUCCAUCUUUCUGUUUUUCAUUCUUAUCUCCAGCCUGGGAAAAGUUCUUCUUAUUUGUUUAGAUCCUUUUGUACUUUCAGAUCCCCUUGGAGCAGUAGAGUACCUUGUAGACCAUAAUAGUGGAAAAGGGUCUAAUUUUCCCCUUGUUUCUAAAGAUGGGAUGGCUGCAAAAACUCCCCUUUUUUUGCCCACAGCUUGCCAACUCUGGAAGCAGUUAUUCUGUCUCCAUAUUGGGCUUUGAUUUGUGCUGAGGGUCAGCUUUUGGCUCCUUCUUCCUGAGACAGUGGAAACAAUGCCAGCUCUGUGGCUUCUGCCCUGGGGACUGGGGGUGAGGCUUUGGGUGCCACUGCCUGUGGGUUGCUGGCUUAAAGGACAAUUCUGUUCAUUGGUGAGAGCCCAGGCCAUUAACACCUACGCAGUGUUAUUGAAAGAAGAGAGGUGGGGGUGGAGGGGAAUUAGUCUGUCCCAGUUAGAGGGAGAUAAAGAGGGCUAGUUAGUUCUUGGAGCAGCUGCUUUGAGGAGAAAAUGUAUAGCUUUUGACACAAGAAGAAGAUCCAGAAAAUUAUUGAACAUAUUAAUGGUUAUGUCUUUUUCUUGGAUUUCCAGAAAAGCCUCUUAAUUUUAUGCUUUCUCAUCGAAGUCAUGUACCCUUUUUUUCUGAAACUGAAUUAAAAUACUCAUUUUAUCUUUGACUCUCCUUGAAAUCUAGAGAAACCAAGAAAAUGGCUGUUGGGAAGGAACCAAUUUCCUCCUCUUUCCUCGGGUCUCAGGCAUUUACAUCCUCCCUCUCCCUGCAAUCUGACCUUUCCCAGGAGGGAAACAGUUUUCCUACAUCUCAUCAUUGGAGAAGGUUUCAGGGAAUCAGAUAAAACUUAGCCAGAUAUUUAAAUAUCACACAGAAGCCUCAGAGAAGGAAGGAGGAAAAGAAAAGAAGUGAUGCAUGUAAAGUGCUUUUGGGUUAUAGGCACCAAAAUCCCAUUAAGGACUAAUUAUAAGCUUCAUGGGACAGUUCAGCAAAUUAUGAUUCAGUGAGGGGCACAGAGGACCAGUGUUGGUGACAGCUAAGGGAUGGUGACCUGAAGUUAUAGGCUUAGGGUGGAUGAAGAAUAGAGAUUUUUUAAAAAAGAAGGGAUUGUUGAAAACCUGACAAAAAUGUAUAAUUUAAUGAGAAAACUUGAUGCUUUUAAAAAUGCAGAUAGGCCAGGCUUUACCAGGCAUACUGUUUUGAUAGUUUUUGGGAACUCUGGAAUAAGAGACCUAUCUCGUGUGUCACUUUUGAGUUGCUGGCCAGCCAGUUAAAGCCAUGGGUCGAAGAGGGGAAAUGGUAACUGGCUGGUGUCAAUUGGAUAGGAAGACCAUAGUUAAGGUGGGGACCUGCUCUUUUAACAGUCUUCAUUCAGGGUCCCAAAUAGUAUUUGGCUUUAAGUAAUGAUUGCUUUUCCCUUUUUACUAGAGGGGUCCUGGGAAGUCCUUGUGCCUUUCCUCCAUUUUAAACCAGCUGUUCUCUACUUUGUCCUUGGAAUGAGGGACAAGUGAUCAUGAGAGAACACUUUGUCAUUGGGAUGGGGAAAGGUUUGGCAAGGGCAUUGAAUUUAACAGCCAGUACCAGGAAAAUGUAAAAUGGGGUCAAUGAUGAACAGAUGUUGGAGGCUGGAAAAUGGGUAGGGCAGUUGAAUUUUUUGGUGGUUUCCUACCAUUUGGGUGAUUGAAGCAUGGUAGUGGGUGGGUGGGUGGUGUGACAGAGUGUCAUGUUUGUUAUUCUGCCUUAAAUUUCUACUUACCAUCUUUGUUUGUCUUCUCUGUCUUCUAAUCACUUUAAUAUCUUCAAUUUUCAAACUGUAUUUGUACUUGGGCUUAGAUAGGAAGUCUUACAAAAGCAUAGUAUCUUCUACUUUGGUUUUCCCUACCUUUUCUUCCCCACCUUCUCCAAACACACAUAUACAUACUCUACUCAACAAUUCUACUUCUGAUUUUGUAGUUGUUAGUUGUGCAUGCUCAGGAUAAAAAAUAAGUGGGUAGGGUUGAGGGACUGGUUCUUUGAGGUUCUACCCUUUUUCCAUGAAUCAGACCAACUUUCUCUUGGUCAUUUCUGGAGUAUAACUGACUGAAUUCUUGUAAAAAUGUGUUCCACCCAAACCACUGUAUGUUCUUUUCCCUACUUUAUUUUCCCCCACCUUCCUUCUCCUAAUUGGGUUACAAGAGGCAGCCAUAGCAAGAGUGGAAAAUCCAGAUCAGUAAAAGAUUCAACAAA